AUGGCAGCACCACACAACAAGUUUCCGAAUCCGUUCAUCUUCCUCGGCAUCUCCGCCCUCUCCUUCGCUGCUUUCUACGCAACCCUCAAGUACAGAUCCAUCACCUACCCCGCCUCUGCACAGCCCCGCCAGCACGACAACCCCCUCGUACCCCCGCGUCACAAGGAAUAG